CCGCAGGCAGCCCCUAAACGAACACAAAUAGCAGUCUAGGCCCGCCUUAUGCAUCACCACUCGAAGAGUAGGACUUGGAGGCCUCCCUGACCGACGAUGACAGCCGUGUCCCCAACAAGAGAUAGUGCGGCUCUGCUGGAGGAGCAAGGGCUUCUGGACUCUGAUCGACGCUCGUUCGAGGCUCUCAAUGAAACCCCUGCCACCCCUCCGGACGAGGAUACUCGGACCCUCCAGCCGCCGCCAAGGACUCUGGGAUUCCAGAAUGGUGUCGCUAUCGUUAUCGGCAUGCAGAUAGGCUCGGGCAUCUUCUCGUCGCCCGCGAGCGUCAUUGGCCAUGUUCACAGCUCCAGCCUCGCUGUCACGGCAUGGUUCGUCGCCGGUCUGUUGGCAUGGGCAGGUGCUGCCUCUGUCGUCCAGCUAGGCACGCUUGUCCCAGUCAAUGGUGGCUUCCAGGAGUACUUAUCUUUUCUGUACGACGACUCGUACGGCUGUCUAUUUGCCUGGUGCUGGAUCAUAAUCUCUCGCCCCUGUGGACUGGCGAUGGUGUCGCUGAUUUUCUCCGAGUACCUCUACGAGGCCAUUGCAAGUGGUCAGGUGCAGGACUCACAUAUGAAGGCCAUGGCGGUCAUGUCGAUCAUCUCCAUCACAGUCCUCAACUGUCUGGGUACCCCCGUGGGUAAACGCAUGGGAAGCAUUUUCCUCACCCUGAAAGUUAUUGGCCUUCUCUCAAUCCCGCUGGCAGCGCUCAUCUAUCGGGUGUCUAGUGUUGUUCCUGGGGGUGACUCUUCAUACAACCGCUCCGAAGAUUCAAAUGGCCCAGCAACUCAGUCUACGUCUGAUGCUGCGCCAGACCCUUGGGCUACCCUCGGCGGUCUCACUGAUUCUGUUCUCGCGGCUGUGUUUGCUUAUGGGGGUUGGGAAAGUAUCAGCUUUGUUGUGGGGGAAAUUCAAAAUGUCGAGGUCACCCUGCCUAAAAUUCUUCACACAUCCAUGGCCGCCGUCAUCGUCCUGUUCGUGUCUGCAAAUCUUGCACUAUACGCGAUCGUACCAAUUGAGGAUAUGGAAACAUCCAAUACCAUUGCCCUGGCAUUCGGGUAUCGUAUUGCUGGGACCGCUGGCAAGAUUUUCUACGCUUGGAUCGUCUGUCUCUCAUGCCUCGGAACAUUGCAUGCCAUUGUCUUCUCUGCUGGUCGUCUCACUCAAGCUGCCGGCAGCCAUUCAUAUGUCCCGCAGUUCCUUGGCCGCAGUGCAACGCCACCACUGCAGAGAUUGAGGGGAUUGUGUGGCGAGCGUGGCAGACACAGGUCCUCGGUCGAUCUAGAUGUGACACGUCAGAACAUACCGGCAAAUGCAAUGCUCCUGAACGCUGCGUUAGCGUGUAUCUUCGUCUUAACAGGUACCUUCAGACAACUGCUGACCUUCAAAGGUGGGUAAGCCCACGAAACGGGACGAAAUGCUUGAUAGUUGACCUCUUGUAAAAAUUUAGGAAUGAUGGAGUAUACCAUUU